AUGGAUCAACUAAAUAUUGUGGAGGUUUAUGAGUCAGACGAGGAAUUGGAUGAUUCAGAUGAUGAUGAUGGUGAAGGUUAUGAGACUGAGGCUGAUGUUGAGGACGAACCCCAUAUCACUGGGUCGAGCAAGCAAAGAAGAAAAAAAGGGCAAGAGGAUCAGAUUAAAGGGUUAGCUAGAAGGAAGAAAAAGGGGGAGGAUGAUGAAAGUUGGUAUGAGGAGGAAGACGAGACUGAAGAUGAUAUGGAGACUAACAACGAGGAGGUCCAAAUCCUCUCUAGCCAGAAGCAUAAAGGGAAAACUCUUAGAAAUGAGGAUGUGGGAGCUAAGAGUCAUUCGCCCUUCUCUACUAGCUCUAAGGAUAAGGGCUUGGUUGGGAAGGACACCUCCAUGAAGGAAGAUAAGAGUGCAAAUUUUAAGGAGGUGGGUCUGGAGGUAAACUUGGAUCCUAUGGGAGACAAGACCCAGGAUGGCUCCCAUCUGGAUAUUGACCUAAGUUUCAAAAAUGACAUAGACAACUUCAACAAGGUUUUCCUCUGGGUUCAGAAGGAAAUAACUAGUAUAAAAGAUAAACAAACCCAAGAAGCCAACAAAAUUGAAACUUUAGAAUCUAUUGGCACUGGCAAUUUCAGCUCCCUCCCUGAUUGUUUAAGUGAGCUUACCAAGGCAAUCAGUAAUGCUGAGGAAAUCAUUAAUGCCCAACGUAAUAGGUUCCAAAUAUUGGAAAACAGAGCUAGGGCUACUGAAAAAAGUUUGGAAGGGGUUGAGAAUAUGCUCAAAAAGAUUGGGGAGCAGAGUCAUAAGAUCUUAAAGACCACCUCUGAAAGCAUUAAGGUUCUUAUCAUCAGGCUUGAAAGUGAUCAAGUGGAAAAGGCCUCUGGGGACACCAUUGAGGUGAAAGAAGACACCCCUGAAGAUAAGGAGACCGGUCAUGGAAGAAUAACUCAUGCAAGCACCAGAAAAAAAGUAAAGCCAAAGCAGGGAGAUUGA